AUGAGGAUCGCACCUGCCCCCUCAAAGCAGCCUGGCCAAAGCGGGGCUGCGCCCGAGGCCUCCGAUGGCCCGGCACCCCCUCGACAGCACGGCAGCGGCGUUGGCCUCGCCCUCUUCGGCGUAGGGCUCGUUAAUAAAGCCUUGUUUCAAAGCCUGAUGGAGGAAAACGGCUGCUGCUUGCUUUACGUCGUGGAGGAUCAGCUGGAGGAGGUGGAGCGUGCCUUCGGCGCCGAGUUCCUGGCUGGCACCAGGGUGCUGCGGCAGCAGGACAGCGAUGUCGCACUCAGCGAUCAGCGAGUCUCUGGAGCCAUUAUUUGUUCACCGCCUGAAGAAGCCUCUGAGAUGGUGAUAGACGCUUUACGAGCAGGAAAAGGUGUAUUUUGCGAGAGGCUGCCCAGUUUUGACAGGCAGACGGCAGAAGCUUGUUUCGAUGAAGCUGACAGAUGUGGAAGACCAUUGGUGUGUGGAUUCUACAAGCGCUUUGACCCGGCGCUGCAGUUCUUGUACAAGAAAGUCCGCGACAGCCAGGCGCUGGGGAGGAUCCACCGGAUAUCGACGAUUAGCAGCACGUAUCCAGCAGCGUCUCUGAGCUUCCUAAAAACAUCAGGUGGAAUUUUUUAUAAUGCUGCCGUGCACGAUAUAGAUAUUAUCAGUUUGUUGUUGGGAGAGAGUGCACCAGAUACAAUUUUUUCACUGGGGCAUGCAUUCUGUGCAGAUAUGGCCUACUUGAAGGAUGCAGACACUGUAGCGGUCAGCAUGAAAUUUCCUAGCGGAGCAAUUGUUACUUUGGACAUCAGUCAGCACUGCACUAAAAGCUGUGAUCAGAGACUAGAGGUUCACGGUUCUCAAGGAACGUUACGGGUAGAUAAUCAGAAUCCCCUGGGCAUUACGGAGCAUGGGACCUCGGUAUCCAUAUAUUCACAGACCCAAGCCGAUCGCUACAGAGAUGCACACAGGGAGCUCUUUCGACACUUUCUGAGAACCCUGAAAGGCAAGGAAUCCCCCGUGAUAACCAAAGAGCAGUUUCUCUGGACGAUUCAGGUCACUGCAGCUGCUGAACAGUCCUGGAGAAACGGAUCCGCUGUUGACUUGCGCAACGAAGCAAUAGAUUCGUCCGUAAUCAAGACUGAGAUAAUGUGACACACGCUGCUGUUUUCUGAGGUGAAGGAUAACUGCUAAGCUGUGCUACAGUGAGGUCUUUCCACCUAGCGAUGUCUCCGCUGUAACCUUAAAACAAGACCUGCGGUUUUGAUGUUUCCGCCGGGAAAGCCUGGAAGACGGAGGCACUUUCGAACCAGAAGCGCUCGGUGCUGAGGCUGUGGAUGUUUCUUAGCGCGUCAGCCAGAGCCCUCGAGAAAUUCUGGGCAGUUUUAUCCAGGCGGCUUUUCCUCCUGGAGAGCUCUGCUGGCUGUGGAGCUCUGUUUUCCUGGGAGAAGACGGGUGCUCCUCGGGCCGUGGUAAGGUGGUGUAGACCACCACCAGCCGUGGUGGGAACGGUGCAAGUGGGCGGCUUUCCUGGCGGCUUCGCAAGCGAGGUGAUGUAAUGCUCAAAAAAAAUACGGGAGCAUCCGUCUGGUCCAUGCUCAUUUCCCUUCAGUAUAUGCAGGAAUGUGACUUCUGUGCUGAACUCGCCUCUGGGCCUCCUAUUUAUUGUUUUGUUUGUUGUUUUUACUGGGUU